AUGACAUGUGAGGCAUAUAUCUCCCCGAAUGUAGAGUGGUCCUUGGAGCCAUCAACGUGGCUUGGUCAGACACUCUUAACAGGUACAGUUUUAUUCAUUCUUACACAAAUAUUUUCAAAACCAACAGCCUGGUCCCUUACUAUUUGCUUGUACAACGUAAUAACCUUUGUCUUUUUCCAUGCAAUAUUAGGAGACCCUUUCAAGCCGGAAUAUUCUGGUCUGACUUUCUGGGAGCAAUUAAUGAUUCAGUUGAAGGGUUCUUCUGGGAUGAGUUUUUUUACAUUAUUCCCUGUGAUGUUAUUCUUAUGCGGUGCACGGCUGGCUGGAUUUAGUAAUUUCUUCUUUUUGGUGAAUUUUUUGUCUUUGGUUUUGGUUGUCACCCCGAAGAUUUAUGUCUACGCGCUGCACUACAGGAAGACGCAGCAGGAAAAAAAGAAAAAAGUAAAUGUACAAAAGAGAAAGAGGAGUGCGCAGAGAGUGGAUAAUUAG